AUGAUUCGGCGUCAAGCACGGGAGCGCAGAGACUACCUCUAUCGGAGAGCUCUGCUCCUCCGAGAUGCCUCCAUUGCCGAAAAACGCGCCAAAUUAAAGGCCUCCCUGGCUUCCGGAAAGCCCCUCGAUCCGUCGAUUGCGAAUGAUAAGUCUCUGCGGCAAGAUUUCAAGUAUGAUGAGUCGUUACAGGCCGGCCCAGAGGCCUCUGGCCCCAAUCCUAAGAACGGCGAUGCCGUCGACAUAGACGAUGAAUACGCAACGACAUCUGGCCUGGUUGACCCUCGACCGCUCGUUACUACUUCGCGCGCCCCCUCUUCUCGCCUCAGCACCUUUGCGAAGGAAAUUCGUCUUCUUCUACCUACUUCUAUCCGGCUCAAUCGGGGUACGCUGGUUCUUCCAGACCUGGUCGCAAGCGCAAACGCCGCUGCACUGACGGACAUGAUUCUGCUGCACGAGCACAGGGGUACACCUACUGCAAUCACCAUUUCACACCUCCCACAUGGUCCGACUGCCAGUUUCUCCCUUCACAAUGUCGUUUUACGGGCGGAUAUUCCCAACGCAGCGCGAGGUACCGUCUCAGAGAGCUAUCCUCAUCUAAUAUUCGAGGGUUUCAAGACAAAGCUCGGGAUGCGGGUGGUACAAAUUCUUAAGCAUAUGUUCCCUCCACGGGAUGCCGGAAAAGUCGGCAACAGGGUGGUGACUUUCAAAAAUCUAGAAGACAGCAUUGAGGUACGACAUCAUGUCUUUGUUAAAACUGGUUAUCGGGAUGUCGAGUUGGCUGAGGUUGGGCCACGUAUGACUAUGAGACUAUUCGAAAUCCGGGGGGGCACUCUAGAAAAGGGUUCUGGGGGAGACGUAGAGUGGGCGCUUACGCAGUAUACUCGAACGAGCAGAAAGAAGGAUUAUCUUUAG